UUUUUUCUUCUUUUUUAGGAUAUUAGGAUGGCUACUCCUCAGUCCGUUUUUAUCUUCGCGAUCUGCAUUUUAAUGAUAACAGAAUUAAUUUUGGCCUCAAAAAGUUACUAUGAUAUCUUAGGCGUGCCUAAAUCGGCAUCAGAGCGUCAAAUUAAGAAAGCCUUCCAUAAAUUAGCUAUGAAGUACCAUCCUGACAAAAAUAAGAGCCCUGAUGCUGAAGCUAAAUUUAGAGAGAUUGCAGAAGCAUAUGAAACACUCUCAGAUGCCAGUAGUCGAAAAGAAUAUGAUACACUUGGACAUAGUGCUUUUACUAAUGGCAAAGGACAAAGAGGUAGUGCAAGUUCGUUUGAGCAGUCAUUUAACUUCAAUUUUGAUGACUUAUUUAAAGACUUCGAUAUAUUUGGUCAGAACCAAAACACUCGUUCCUCCAAGAAGAAUUUUGAAAAUAACUUCCAGAGACACCAAGAUGGUUCCAAUAGACAAAGGCGACAUUUUCAGGACUUUUCUUUUGGAGGUGGACUGUUUGAUGACAUGUUUGAAGAUAUGGAGAAAAUGUUUUCUUUCAAUGGUUUUGACAAUGCCAAUCGGCACACAGUACAGACUGAAAAUAGAUUCCGUGGAUCUAGCAAGCACUGUAGGACUGUCACUCAAAGAACAGGAAAUAUGGUUACCACAUAUACUGAAUGUUCAGGACAGUAGUUUGGUUGUUUUCAGUUCUUAUUACACCCAACUAGUUGAUUCUUUAAUAACUUUGCUGCAAAACAAUAUUUUGUCAAAUAUUGACAAGUACAUGAUUUCAUGUAACUUGAAUAUAACUAUUAGAUGUUUAAAUUGUUUUUGAAAAAUUCAGUAACACUUAGCUAGUAGACAAGUGACUAUUCAUUUCCUUGAUUAAGAAAGGUUCUUUUCUAAAAAAGAUAACAUAGUUUGGCUUCCCUCUUUCUACUUACUUUGGGCUUAUUGACAUGACUGGUUUUAUUUUAACCAUGAAAAGAUUGGGUUUGCCUGAUAUUUAUAAACAUCAAAAGUUGUGUAGAUUUAUAUGAAUGAUUUUUGCAAUGAGCCUUUGCUAAUUUAAAAUUGCAUGCUCUGUAGCAUCUUGGAUUUAGCAACAGGGGUUGUUAAUGUAUGUGAAACUAAUUGAAUUGCUCAGCAAGUGGAUAGCAAAAUCUUGGGUCAUUUCCCCUGAAAGCAUUAGAAAGACUUGGUUUUCUAUUCACCACAGAACUAUGUCUUUCAGUGUUAUAAUUGGGGUCAAGGAAGUGAUAGUGUUGCUCAAUCAUUUAGAGCAAAGGGAAGUUGAAAAUUUUAAACUAUUGCCAAGUGAUUGUUACACGUUUGGUCCCUGGCUAGUGAUUUUGUAAUGUUGAAAUUAUAGUUACUUUACAUACCAUUUCACAUUUAUUUUAUGCCCUAGGUCUUAAUGUGGACUUAGUUUUUUUUUUUUUGUGAGUGUGGUUCUUCCUUGCACUCAUCUUUAUCUAGAGAUUGACUAAUACCUCAUUCUGUUCGUGAAAACAGCCAGUAAUUCUGUGCAACCUUAUUAUGUGCAAUAUUUUUAAAUCCUAAAAAUUGUGUGCUUUUGUUUUCAAAUAUUCUUAAUUUCUGUUGUUCUGCACUUUUCCAUUUUAUACUCCAUAUUGAGUAUUAAUCCUAUGGAUACAUAUUAAAACUAGUAAAUGUCUCAUACAACAUUGAGAGAAAUACAAUAU